CGCAACGCAGCGCAGACUAAAACGAACGCGGCCGCGAGCCACAACAAAAACUAAAAAGGAAAUUCUCUUUCAAAAUUAAGACAAGCCACCCCCCACCCCACCCCAAUCCAAUGUGCAACAAGGUUAACAGCGGCUGCCACAUGUGGCAUUUGUUGUCGUUUUUGGGCGUGCUGCUGCAGUCGCUGCUGCUGUUGCAGGCAGCGCCGCAGCAAAGGUCGGAGAAUUCUUUGAGUAUUCAAGGACGCAUUAUAAACGGCAGACAAGCCGCCGUGGGUCAGUUUCCCUGGCAGGUGAUACUCAAGCGGGACGAAUGGGACGAUCUGCUGUGCGGAGGCUCCAUUAUCUCGGACAGCUGGGUGCUAACCGCUGGCCACUGUGCCGCUGGACAUAGUUCGCUCUUCAUAAUGUUUGGCAGCGUGGAGCUGAACAACGAGAACGCCUUGAACAUGACCUCAACGGAGCUGUACGUGCACAGCAACUACAAUGACAAGAUGAACAAUGAUGUGGCGCUGGCGAAGCUGCCACAAUCGCUGGUCUUCACCAGCAACAUGCAUCCCAUACAGCUGGUGUCCAGUCGGGAGGCCAGCAACAGUUUUGUGGGCACCACGGCCAUCGUGGCUGGCUUUGGUCUGAUCGACGAUGAGUACUUGGACUAUUCGCAGCAGCUGCUCUAUGCCCAGGUGCAGAUCAUUUCCAAUGACAAGUGCCUGAGCAUGUUUGGCUCCAGUGUUGUCCUCGCCUCGACCAUGUGCGCCGAGGGUUAUGCUGGCAGCAAUAUGUCCACCUGCAGCGGCGACUCCGGCGGACCAUUGAUUGCUUAUGACAAUAACUCAGGACGUUGGGUGCAGAUCGGCAUAAAUUCUUUUGUGGCACAGGAUCAAUGCACUUCCGGUUACCCAUCGGGCUAUGUGCGUCUGACCUCGUUCCUGGGUUAUAUUUCACAAGUCACGGGUCUAACUUUGAGCUAAGGCUACACUUUCUUGGCUUUUUCUAAUAAAAAUGCAUAAACAAACAA